AAAUAAGCGUAGGAACCUUCAAUCAAACUUUUACGAUAAAAUAUAUGUACUGUGAAACAAUUAAUCAAUGACUCGGCGGGAAAGCAGUAUGCAUAAAAAAUGUCAGAGGCAAGUAAUCUUCAUAUUCCGCGUGCAGCCCUCGUUUGCUGGUUCAUAUUAACCAAUCUUUUGGACCCCACGUUAGCAAGCUGUCAACGUCCCAUUGAUUGCCAAGAUGUUCUGUGGUCGGGCCGUAAUACAAGCGGUGUCUACACGAUUUAUCCACAAGGAACAGGUGGUUUCAAGGUGUAUUGUGACAUGACCACGGCUGGGGGCGGAUGGACGGUUCUUCAAAGACGAAUGAAUGGUAAGGUUGGAUUUAAUAGGGUUUGGAGAGAGUACCAGUAUGGAUUUGGCAGUAUUGGUGGAGAACACUGGAUAGGAAACCAGAGAAUUCAUCAGUUGACUUCUCAGGGUUGGUACGAGUUGCGAGUCGACAUGUCUGACUUCAGCAAGAAAAGCCGAUUUGCAUACUACCGAAUUUUCUCUGUGGGGAAUAAAACUUCCGGCUAUCGUUUGACGGUUGGAGAAUACGAGGGAAAUGCAGGAGAUUCGUUGAAAGCCCACAAUGGACAAUCAUUUUAUGCAAGAGACAAAGAUAAAAAUGAAUGUUCAAAACUAUAUAAAGGUGGAUGGUGGUAUGACGCCUGCCACAAGUCGAACCUCAACGGACUAUACCUGAAAGGCAGCCACUCGUCCUUUGCUGAUGGCGUGAACUGGCUUGAUUGGCAUGGCUAUCAUUACUCGCUCAAAACAACGGAAAUGAAAAUCAGAAGACAGUAGACUUGGAAAUGAAGUUGGCACUAUGUGUGUGGGUUGAUGGUUUUUUUGGGGGGGUGCAAGAUUUGCUCAAAAUUUAAUCAUACGAUUUUUUUUUAUUAAACAUCAAUAUCUAAAUCAUGAGAAGAUGAAAUAAUUAUGCAUUGGAACUCAUUGUCAU